AUGGCCGACAGGAAUAUGAGUGAAGAAAGCCGUGAAAGAUAUAUUUCUAGCAUAAAUUCCUUAAAAGAGCUUCUUGCAAGGUCCGAGGAACAACAGCAACUUAUUGCAAUGGAUGAAGGGUCAGUUACUGAACUGUUUGGUCACAUACAACAGCAACGACAGGAAAAGCAAGUGGGAAACAUUUCUCAAAAUAUUUCAAAUAGUGCAACAGAGCAAGCUAAUCCAGCAAUAGAAUCAAGUGAAGCUCCUUUAAACAACAUAGAGGCAGGAGAAGAGGAGAGGGGAAUGUCAGUAGAUUUUGAGGUUGAGUUAUUUAUUGAAGAAAUUCGGAAACUUGGAUGUUUGUGGAAUACAUCUUUAUCUUCUUACAAAGACAGAAAUGCAAAACAAAAUGCAUGGAAAAUUCUCUCCAACAUAUUUAACAAAGAUGUGGAAUUUUUAAAGACACAGUUGAAAUAUUUGAAAGAUAACUUGAAGAAAUGCCUUGAUAGGAGAUCCAAGGCUACAAAAUCAGGGGCAGCUGCAUCAAAGUUGCCCACAUGCAAGUAUUUUGAUCAGUUGAGAUUUCUGCAUGGCAAAGUCUGUAACAAACCUACAGAAAGCAAUUUGACACCAGUGAUUGAUGUUGAAGAUUCAUCUUUAGCAGUCAAUAAUUCUUCUGCACUUACUAGUUUUGUAACCCAGUCAGUGCUCUGCCCCGAGACCUCAACUCCAACAUCAUCAAAGAGUAUUCCAGCCUCUGCUCCAGGAAAAAGUAAAGCAGAGACUGAAAUUAUUGCAAAUACACCUGCAAAGCGAAGUAAGUCAAGAGCAGAAAUGGCAUUUGCAGUAGAUACAAUGUUGGUGAAGACAUUGAAGGAUAUGCAAGAACCCACUGUUACUGAUCAAGAUGAAGAUUUAUUAUUUUGCAAAAGCCUUGUACCAAUACUUAAAAAGAUGCCUGCAAGACAAAAUAGGCUUGCCAAAAUAAAAAUAAAUCAACUUUUGUUUGAUAUAGAGUUUAAUGAUGAACUGUGACUAAUUUCAUCAAAAUAG